UAGUUGUUAUGAAGCAGCGCUAUCGGAGUGACUUGUCAUUUGUUUUAAUGAAUCGGUAAAUGUAAUCAGUGCGUUAAUUAUCUAAAAAUGUGUAACAAUUAAAACUUAGGUAUUUGCCGUGUGCACUUUGAAUACACUUGAUUAUUAAUUUAUAUUGACGAAAAUGGUGAGUGUGCCUGGUAUGUACCAAACAAAAGAAGAAACGGGUUUGUGUUAUCGGAGCCGGCAUAGCUGGUCUCUCAUCGGCAAGAUAUUUAAAGGAAGAAGGAAUCGACUUCGUUGUAUUCGAAGCCACGAAGUAUAUUGGUGGUACGUGGCGUUACGAUCCAAGAGUUGGUACCGAUGAAAAUGGUCUACCAUUGCACACCAGCAUGUACAAGCAUUUACACACGAAUUUACCAAAACCAACGAUGGAAUUAAGAGGUUUCCCAUUACCAGAUGGAAUACCAUCGUUUCCUAGUUGGAAAAUUUAUUAUGAUUACUUGAAAGAUUACGCUAAGCAUUUUGACAUAGAAAAAUAUAUACAGUUCCGACACAAUGUUACUUUGGUGAGACGAGAACAUAACGUUUGGAAAGUGACACACGAACACGUCAUCACUGGGGAGGUGUUUGAAGAAAAUUAUGACUACGUCAUAGUCGGUAACGGGCAUUUUAGUACACCGAACAUGCCUAACAUACGGGGAGAGAAACUGUUCAAAGGAACAAUAAUCCACAGUCACGACUACCGUGUACCGGACGUUUACAAAGAUCGCAGGGUGCUUGUUGUCGGGGCGGGUCCAUCAGGAAUGGACAUAGGCCUUGACGUGGCUGAAUGCAGUAAGAGCCUCCUACACAGCCACCAUUCUAAAGUGAACUUCAGAACACCGUUCCCACCGCAUUACGUGAGGAAGCCUGACGUAAAGGAAUUCAAUGAGACUGGAGUUAUUUUUGUGGAUGGAACUUAUGAGGAAAUCGAUGACGUCAUCUACUGCACUGGUUUUCAAUACGACUAUCCAUUCCUAGACAAGACCUGUGGUCUAGAUAUAGACCCGCACAGCGUGGUCCCCCUGUACAAAUACAUGGUGAACAUCCGUCAGCCGAGCAUGGUCAUUUUGGGCUUAGUUGUUCGCGCUUGUCUCGUCGUAGCUCUAGACGCCCAGGCACGGUAUGCAACGGCCUUAAUAAAAGGAAACUUCACUUUGCCGAGCGAAGCAGAAAUGAUGGACGAAUGGCAAAGACGGGCUGAUGCGAUCCGAUCUAAAGGACUAAGAAUGUCUCACAUACACACCCUUGCAGAAAAAGAAGACGAAUAUUACGCUGAACUAUCGGAGCAAUCUGGAAUAGAAAGAGUUCCACCGGUCAUGUUCAAGAUACGCGCCAUGGACAUUGAAGCCAAGCUUGAAAAUCUGUACACGUACAGGCACUACGUGUACAAAGUCAUUGACGACAACACGUUCGUUAGGACCCUGGAAAAAGAACAGAUCAACGAUACUUUGGUGAUUUAGUGAUAAAUCGAAAGUUAUCGUCACGAAAUAAAUAUUCAUUACGCUUCUAUACUACUUCCGUUUCCUUAUUUUUUUGAUGACAGCUCCUGUGGAAACUUGAAUGAGCGUCUUUUUUACAUUAUAUAUACAUUAUUUAAUAAAAAUAUGACGCUUACGCAUGUACAAGGACAUAGCCUCAUAGCAGAGUCGGAGAAACUGAUAGGGAUGGAGCUAUCGAUAAACGUAACACGAUAACACAUCAGAUAUUUUUUUACAAAGUGUAAGAAACUAAACUAUUGCCGGAUAAUUUUGUACUAAUAUUACAUUUCAUUACAAGAUGUAAUUGUAUUGUGUUGAUUCUUUAUUUAUUUAUUUUAAUCAAAAUCUGAUGAAUCGUCACUGUCACUCGAUGACUCUCUCCUCAACAUUUAUUAUAAGUUCCUGCACUUCUAUAUUAUCAAAUGCCACAUGAAUUUCCCAAUACCACGCUAUAAUAUUUUGGGUUCUUCUCACAAUUUCUCACAAUCAACACGGAGGAACACAAAAUAUAACGUAAUGUAUGGAUAAUGUGAAAAGACUCAGCGAACAGAAAUGUAGUUACUAUAUCGCACGACCGUCUUCUUACGAGUGACAGAUUAAAACAAACACAAAAUGGCGGUAGGCCAUUGAGUGUUCUUAGCUUGAAAAAAUUAUUUUAAUUUUUUUGUAGUAUUUGUCUUUGUUCAAAACGUAAUAAAUAUAUGCGAUCGAUAUCAUUACUUAUUUGGUCACAACAUAACAACUAUCAAAUUACAAUUGUCAUCGAGAAAAUAAAGAAAUGGAAAUAGUUUAAUACACACGUUCGAAUGGAAUUAGCACAACGUCAUUUAAAAUUUAAUUUUAAUAAUGUCUAAUGCUAGUGCGCUAUAUUGUUUAAACAAAUAUUGGGGCUAUCCUUACCUGAAUGAAUACAAAUUUGAUUUUAUUUCAUUCAAAUAUCACGAAUACUCCUAGUAAAUUACGUCAACUACAAUUUAUUCUUCGUUUAAAUUGGCCUUUCAAACUCUAUAAACGAUUUUAAUAUCGUGCUUACGUUCUUUCUUUACAAACACGGUAAAUUUAAAAUCUAUAUUGUGAUACUAAAAUGUGAUAUGAAACGUUGAGAUCACAAAAAAAGAACUCCAUUAAAACCGGUUCUUUGUUGCUUGCGUUUUAUUAUAAUUAUAUUUAUUAUAGCAAAAAAACACACUGAGAUUUUUAUUCUUAUCUCUGGCUGUCAAUGAGUAGGAGCUAAUAUGUAUUAAUGUAUUCUGCUAAAUCAAAUACAAAACAGUUUAUAACAGGUUUCUGUUAACUUAAUAUUUAGAGAAAGAAGAAAUUACAAAACAAUUACAAAACUCUAGAACUGAGUUUUACAAUACUCAUUACAGUUUUUACAAUACAUAUAAUAUUUCAAUUUACUGUUAUUACAUUAAGUUCGAAAUUCAGUAAAGGCAAUAAUAUUUCAAUUACUUAAGGAUUAAGAAACGCAAAAAAAUAUAACACAGCGUUAUGUGCCUGUAUAACCUAGUAUUUAACCAUGACGUUACAAAUAACACAUAAUGAAUUUGUUCAGUAUCUUCUCAUCAACAUUAUUUGCUUCCAUCAUAACAUCAACAACAUUUAUUCUAUGGUGGUAUUAAAAUUAAACACAGAAAAAUAUUAAUUGAUUUUAUUUGUACUUAUUACUAUACAAUAUUUUGUUGUAAACAAAAACUAUAAUUAAUGGUAACGUUGAAGUAAAUAAAAUAAAUGUCAUCCUAAAAUUAUAAUUUAGUUUUCUUAAAACAACAUUCGUGUUCGAUGUCUCUCUAAUAUAUUAUGUUAAAAUAAGAAAUACAUUUACGCACCGAAAUGAUGUUCCUUGGAAUCAACUGCGUUUUAAUUGUAGUUUCCGUAUUUAGUUAAUAAAAAACUAAAACCCAUAAUGAAUAUAAGAAAUUAUUGAGAUCGGUUUUGUAAGAAUAUCGGAGUAUAAGAAGUUCUCAAACAUAGAGCAUUUAACGUUUGUGAUGGAAAUCGAGUGGAAUGCUCCGUCUCUUUCUGGCAAGGGAAGAAUUGCUCUAGAAUUAAUUGUAUGCGCUUGAACAGAAAUCCACUGCGAUGGUCGAACCAGACAUAUUCGACUCUUAACACCUCAAAUCACGAUGCCUAUCUACGCAGCAGAAGAUAAGACACAGUUGACCCAGGAUAAUCCAGGAGAAAGUUAUUUAGAGAGACCACGACCUUCGGCUUUAAGGAUUAUCGACGCAAGGAAGAGGAAGAUGGCUUGCGUUGUAAUCCAAAAAAAAUGACUUUCCUGUUUAUUAUGAAAUUAAAAUGCCUGAAUAUAAUUUUGUAUUCCUGAAAUGUGUGGUAUGAUCAACACAUAGAUCCAAAUCUAUUAAAACUUUCCUAUACACCAUAGUCAAUAUGUUUUAAGCUAUUGCAUAGCUUUUAGCGCCGUCGUUGAGCGCGGCGACCGAAUCAAGAAAUUCCGUAACGAAAAUAAAACCUAACA